AGAGAGAUGGCCGGGAAGGAGCAAGACUACCGUAUAUUUGUUGGAGGGUUAUCGUGGGACAUCACCGAGCGUCAGCUUGAAGAUGCUUUUAGCCGCUUUGGCAAAAUUAUUGACAGUCAGGGCAGGAUUUGAUGGAACUUUGGGUUCGUUGGGACUUGGGAUGUGCUGGAUUGCUGAAACCCUAUUUCUCUCGUGUUUCAUAGUUUGGUUCAUGUAGUUGUUUCUGAUGUUUGAGUUUCUAGAAUCAGUUUUGCAUGGGGACUUUGCCAGUUUUACUUGGGAUAUUUUCAGUUUAUUGCUUCAUUGAGUCAAGUUCUAUUGAUCAUGUCCUCUUCCCAAAGUUUGACCUUGUCUUGGGGCGAAAUUCCAACUAUGGUUAAAAGGCUUUCACUUUGGGAAGUUUCAAAGAGAAGAAAAUUCCUCCGAUUUCAGAAAAGGUCUUUAUUGAUUUUCCCAUAGGCGGGAUCUCAAUUCCCUAUUUUCCCUAUAGUGGGUUUAAUUUGUAUCAUUCAGUGGGUAUCCAAGAUGGCUGGAUCGAUGCUUUUCUGCCUAGAAAUUGAACAUUUGGGAAACUUGGUUCUGAUUGUUCAGAAGAGGCUGAUGUUGAAAUUGUCAGGUAACAAUAGUGCAUUAGGUGCAAUAAUUCUAAAGUACAACAAGGAUUGGAUUUCGUAAAGAAUUAAAAGUCGGUGCUAUUCGUAAUUGAUGCCCAUGGUCUAUAAUUUACUUGCAUGAGGUGUUGUGGAUGAGUCACUGAUAUGGUUGAGCCAAAAGCAAUAUGUUGUAGCAAACUUCUAGAAGCAUCUUGUUCUUGUAAGAUUUUCUGGAUUUUGGGCAUUGUUUAUGAUCUUUUCUGACUGCGGAUGAAAGUUAAGACAUUGAGGUUAACUGCAUCAUGCAUAAUCGCAGUAUGCCAUAUCAUCCAUCAUUUCGACCCUAUCCGUUAGAAUGCCUUUUAAAUCUGCUCAACGUCGAUUAUGUUGAUCAAUCCUCCUGUGCUUGGCCCAAUAAUGUCAAAAGAUUUUAUUAGGAGAUGUUGCUAUUUUACUACAGAGUUUUCCUAAAGUUUUCUGCAUCAUGGUUUGUCCAAUGUCAGUUACAGUAAUUUGGGCAAGAGCUGCAGAUGGUGGAUGCUUCAUUAAAGGCACUGAAGAACUUCUACACUCGGCUUCAUUUUUCAAAAUUUCCGCUAGAACUUCUGCUUGUAGUGCUCUUCAUCUCUAAAAAAUUUCAGAUGCUGGAUGUGAAGAUAUAAUUUCUUUCAAGAACAUUUUCAACACUCAAGAGGCAGAAUCUUUAGAGUUUAAUCAGUUUUUAAGAGUGAUAUGCAGUCGCCCAUUUCCGGUGUAGUGGUAAUCCUCCCUUGUUAGUCAGAACAGCACAAUUAAAAUGAGCUAAAUUCACUGUGGUUGUCAUACUAUAUUAUUUACUCCUGGGAUUCCAUCCCUCAAAAUUGCUCUUCCGUUCUUCCUGCUACUUUACGAUUUCAAUGACAGAAGUUCAUUUUUCUGCCGGAAUUUGCUUUCUUUUUUUACUGCGUAUCAGCUCAGACCGUAUGAAGCAAUCUUGUCGAAAUGAGAGUGAAGUUCUGUAUGAGUUCAAUUUUGGCAGAGACAGUGAUUUUAAAAUGAACACCCUGAAUUUUGAUUUAGGGUUUAAUGUUUUUUUAAGAUUUGAGUGUAACAAAGUCCAAAGGCUUGAAGCUGGUCGGUGGUUCAUCCAGCAUUUUGAUUUCUGCAAACUGCAUGCUUCAUGCCUCAGAAUGUUUUAAUUAUAAUUCAGGCGUACUAAGCCGGUUUUCUUUAUUUGCACGUUGUAAACUGUCCAGGGAGCAGUUGUCUAUAAUUCAAAAGAAAGAGUUCAAAUUAUAACGUUUGAUUCCAUCCCACUAGAAUGCUUAUUUUAUUGUUCGAGUCUUAAGUUUAUCUGCAUACUUUUGGUGAGGUAUUCUUCGAGGCAGUAUCAUAUUCACGUAACGUUUAGGACAAUCUGAUGAUGUGUACGCAUAGUACUUCUUCAUUGAAAUCAGCAUCAAACUUUGAAAUGGGGCCUCUUUCCAGAUGAAAUUUGAUGCCUGAUUAGUCUGGUUAUAUAUAUGCUAAGUAUAUUCUUCGUUAAAUGAGUUAUUCAUGAUAGAAUUCUUCCAGGGAAUGCUCUCAAGUGACUGACUGGAGUAAAUUGUCAGAAAGUAGUCUCAUUUGCGUUGCGUUUUAGUGCCUAGUUUUAAUUAAAUACUGGACUCAGUAAGGAGGCUGGGUUAUAGUUUCGGGUUCCAUUAUUCAGCUCAACUGAGUAUGUUCGUAGCUAGUGCUUCGAAUCCAUUGAUCUGGAAUGAGAUGACUAUUAAGGGUGGAAGCUCGUCUUGAAAGGUUUUGUCGAGCUGCACAUGUCAUGUGAUUCUUCCAAUGGCUGUAUGUCUGUUUUUUUGGAUAUGUGGGUUGAUGAAAUAUAGUUAUUACAGACCAGAACCUGAAGUGUCUAAAGUGGAGUUAUUGUAAUCAGAUCAAGUGGCCAGACCGAAUAGAUUAUGUUCAUUAUCAUUAGGAACCUGUCCUUAUGUGAUUUCUUGAGUGCUGUGUUAUCGAUCUGAGAUUUAUGAAAUUUGGGGCCUGUGUAGAACAUAAAGUCAGAUGAUUGAGAUCUGCUGUUCUGCUGAUUCUUCUACUCAUAUAAUGCUAGAAAGAGAUACAGGCCGCCCUCGUGGAUUUGGCUUUUUGACCUUUGCUGACCGUCGGGCAAUGGAAGAUGCGAUCCGUGAUAUGCAUGGUAGAGAAUUUGGGGAGCGUGUCAUCUCAGUGAACAAGGCUCAGCCAAAAAUGGGGGAUGAAGAUUCAGGGCAUGGCUAUGGAGGUUACACUUCAGGUGGCAGGGGCAGUUAUGGUGGAGGAGCAAGGUCAGCUGGGCAGGAUGAAUGCUUCAAAUGCGGUCGCCCAGGACAUUGGGCCCGAGACUGUCCAUCAGCAGGUGGUGGCCGAGGUGGUCGCCCUUUCUCACCUCCACGUUCUAGGUAUGGUGGGGCUGGUGGUCGUGGUGAUCCCUUUGCAAAUGACCGUGGUCGAUACAUGGAUGAUAAAUAUGAUAGAGGUCGUCACGGCGAUAGGGAUCGUUAUGACAGCAGGGAUGAUCGGAGCCGUGAUCGAUAUGUUAAUGACAGGUAUCCCACGACUGGGGAUCGCUUUGUGGUAGACAAGUAUGGGGGCUCUGAUCGUUAUCCCCAGAAUGGGUACGGUAAAGACAGAUCCUAUGAUAGGGAUGGAGGUCCCCGAGGUAGCAGUGACAAGUAUGGAGGCGGAGGUCCUGCUCGUUAUGAGGGCAGAAACUAUCGGGAGAGGCCUGGUCCCUAUGACCGUCCUAGGAGGGGAGGGCGCCCCCCUACCUUUGAUCGUUACUAGGAGGUCUAUUUAUAUCUGCUGUUUAUUUAGAUCCUUAAAAAAUUUGAAUGUCGGGACUUAGUUGGAUUUUAGAUUUGUUUUCUGUGGCAUUACUCGCAAAUCAGGAUUGGCUGAUGCAAUUUAGUUUUUUCGAAAUUUGCUUUCCUUUGUAUUUGCCAUUUGAAUGCAUGCGUACGGAUUUAUGGAAAUUUGUCUUCUGGAA